GCAGAAAAGCAGUUGGAAUCGGAGUCCAAACCUGGCGAUGGUUCUGGAGAAGACUACAAACCACUACCUGGUGGUCCUGCUUCAUUGCAAGAUGAGCAGGUGCCUAUAUCACACAACGUUUACUGGAAGGAGUUAUCGAUGCUUGUGUAUGUCUGGGUGGCUUUUCUUAUUGUUCAGAUUGUUAAGACAUAUACUGAAACUUGCUCCACCAUGUUCUGGGUCCUGAACUCCUUGCAGGUACCAAUUGCAGUCUCCGUUACGCUCUUUGAAGCCAUAUGCUUAUGCAAAGGCACCAGGGUGAUUGCAUCCAAAGGAAAGGAAAUCACAAACUGGAAGUUGCAUCAGAUUUUUCUUUACUGCAGCUGUGGGAUAGUAGCUGGUAUGGUGGGUGGCCUACUUGGGCUGGGAGGCGGUUUCAUCUUGGGACCCCUUUUUCUUGAAUUGGGAAUUCCUCCUCAGGUAGCAAGUGCUACAUCCACAUUUGCAAUGCUAUUCUCAUCCUCCAUGUCAGUUGUACAGUAUUACCUUCUCAACCGUUUCCCAGUCCCUUAUGCUGCUUAUUUUGUUCUAGUUGCAACAAUUGCUGCAUUCACUGGUCAGCAUGUAGUGAGAAAGAUAAUUGCAGUUGUUGGGAGGGCUUCCAUUGUCAUCUUCAUACUAGCUUUGACCAUCUUUGUGAGCGCAAUCAGCUUAGGUGGGGUGGGGAUAGCAAAUAUGGUUGAGAAGAUGGAGAAUCAAGAGUACAUGGGAUUUGAAAAUUUCUGUCACCAGUCCUAAGUAUGUUGUGUAAUAUCCUAUUUGUUUGCUGUGGAAUUUGUCAACCCACAAUAACUAUUAUCCACACCACAAUCUACUUUAAAUAUUGUUGUAUAUUUUUCCAGUAAUUUUCUGGCAAAGAUUACUUUCUAUUUAUGUACUGGAUUUUCAAAUCAUUGUUCCACCAGUUCCUAAAACGUCGUCGUUUCCAACAUUGCAUUGUUAAUGAGAAUGUCCAUUAGAAUUCCAAUUAAAA